CCUCGUCACGUGAUCCAGCCAACAUGGAGACGCUGUCGAACGCGGCAAGUUUUGUCCGAAAAAGUCUCUCUGCCGCCGCGUCCCCUCUGGCGCUGCACGUGGUGGCGGAGUGUCCGGUGACCAAAGCCCGGGCUUGCGACUUGAAGCUGCCGCACUGCACCGUCAGCACGCCGGUGUUCAUGCCGGUGGGGACCCAGGGGACCAUGAAGGGGAUCACCGCGGACCAGCUGGACGCCCUCGGCUGCCGCAUAUGUCUGGGCAACACCUACCACCUGGGCAUGAGGCCGGGGCCUGACUUGAUUGAAAAGGCCAAUGGCUUGCAUGGAUUCAUGAACUGGAAAAGAAACCUUUUAACGGACAGUGGAGGCUUCCAGAUGGUGUCUCUCGUGGAACUGUCCGAAGUCACAGAGGAAGGGGUCACGUUUAAGUCCCCCUACGACGGGGAAACUAUCCUUCUUAGUCCCGAGAAGUCCAUCAGCAUACAGAACAGUCUCGGGUCGGACAUCAUGAUGCAGUUGGACGACGUGGUAAGCAGCACGGUGACGGGGCCGCGUGUGGAGGAAGCCAUGCAUAGGUCCAUCCGCUGGUUGGAUCGCUGCAUAGCGGCCAAUAAAAAUCCAGACAGACAGAACCUUUUUGCCAUCAUCCAGGGAGGGCUGAACGCCGGGCUUCGGAAAACCUGUCUUGACGAGAUGACUAAACGCGACGUCCCUGGUUUUGCCAUCGGAGGUCUAAGCGGAGGCGAAGAGAAGGACGACUUCUGGAGGAUGGUGACCCUCAGCACGGACCACCUGCCUCGGGAAAAGCCUCGCUACCUGAUGGGCGUCGGGUACGCCGUGGAUCUGGUCGUGUGCGUGGCUCUGGGGUGCGAUAUGUUCGACUGCGUGUUUCCCACCCGGACCGCCAGGUUCGGCUCCGCGCUGGUGCCCUGGGGGUCCCUGCAGGUCAAACACAAGCAGUACGCCAAGGACUUCCAGCCCAUAGACCCCGACUGCCAGUGUCCCACGUGCAAAAGACACAGCCGGGCAUACCUGCACGCCCUCUUUAAAAGCGACACGGCAGCCAUGCAUCACGUCACCAUCCACAACAUCGCCUACCAGCUCAACCUGAUGCGCUGCGUGCGACAGAGCAUCGUGGAGGGUCGCUUCCCGGACUUUAUACGCACCUUUAUGCGGCGACUGUUCCCCUCCUGCGACCAGUACCCUCGCUGGGCCGUGGACGCUUUGGCCUCUGUCAACAUCACUUUGGAAUAACUAUUUUAUUGUGCUGCACAUUGACAGGUUUUUAUAUCUUUUUAAACUUUUUGUUUGUUUGUUUGUUUUACAGACAAUCCACUUCUUCUUUGUACAAACCCCGUUUCCAUAUUAGUUGGGAAAUUGUGUUAGAUGUAAAUAUAAACAGAAUACAAUGAUUUGCAAAUCCUUUUCAAGCCAUAUUCAGUUGAAUAUGCUACAAAGACAACAUAUUUGAUCUUCAAACUCAUAAACUUUAUUUUUUUUUGCAACUAAUAAUUAACUUAGAAGUGUGAAUGUUGUCUGUCUAUCUGUGUUGGCCCUGCGAUAAGGUGGCGACUUGUCCAGGGUGUACACUGCCUUCCGCCCGAUUGUAGCUGAGAUAGGCGCCAGCGCCCCCCGUGACCCCAAAAAGGAAUAAGCGGUAGGUAAUGGUUGGAUGGAUAAUUAACUUAGAAUUUCAUGGCUGCAACACGUACCAAAGUAGUUGGGAAAGGGCAUGUUCACCACUGUGUUACAUCACCUUUUCUUUUAUCAACACUCAAUAAAUGUUUGGGAACUGAGGAAUCUAA